AAAUUCAGUCUAUCACAUUAAACAUCUAGUUUACUUGUUCGUAAUAUUCAGUGCUAAAUUAAUUCAAAAUUAAUUUAGGCCACCGUAUUUAUAACUAAUAGUUUAUUAAUUAACUAAUAAUUAAACUUAUCAUAACAUUCUACGGGUAAUAUAAAAUGUGAGCGUAUGGAAAUGACUUGAAUAAUUUGUAAAGUUCAACUGGACUGUUUUUUAAAUGCAAGUGAAUUUAUUACAUGGUCAUUAACUCCUGUGUAAAUCAGGAAAAACGAUGAAGGAUUUUAACUCCACUUACUAAAAAUUAUGAAAUAAUUUAUGAUGGAUAUCAUAAUCAACGAUCAGUAACAAAUCAAAUGCAGAUAUGUCAGGAUCAAAAUAUAUCGCAAUAAAGUCUCGGUAAAUCUUUAUAUUGAAGACAACAUGCUCUCAAUUGUCGUGAUAAAAAAAAAAAUUUAUAACAUCGUGAUCAACGAUUACGUGUGUAUGUAUAGAAAAUGGAAAUAUUCUACUAUUUUUAUUAACUCAUAUACAACUUUAACAUAAUUAUUUGAUUAAUUUUUUUUUUCUAAUCGAACGUUUACAUAAAUUACGAUAUUCAGAAAAUUAUGACAAUUCAGCAAGGUCACUAAUUUAUUAGCGUUUGGAAGAAGAAUAUAAACGAACUAUAAUCGCGUGUUGUCCAUCUGCCGGCAACAGUUGUUCGUGAGAUCGUCUACAAAACACAAGUGUUCCAUUUAUUCAUUCUUUAUUAAACACACGUAAAUUAUCGAAUUGUUGAUUCAAGUGAAACCAUAAGUUCACUGCAGUAAAGGAGGACACAAAAAAAAACAGUUGAUAAUAAAUUAUCUGUACUGCAACCGUAUGCAGAAACCGCAACUGUAUGCUACAGUAAUGACGUCACAUAAAAAGUAUCAAGAAAAUUCGUAUGUCAUAUCAUAAUUAUUAAAUAAUAUAAUAUACCAAUUAGCAUACUCUGAUAUUUAUUUAUAUUUAUGUCGGAAAAAAAUAUCACAGCAAAUGAUAAAAAAAACUAUCUCACUUCUAAAUUUAUCAUCUCCGAGAUAUCCACGUAAAUAACAUGAAUUUAUUGACCCAGUUUACGUCUAUUAUUCACUUUUAAUUGCAAAACAUAAUUUCUUAAUUGAUCUGCAUAUCAGAAUAAUUAAUAAUCAAGGAGCUUUUAGUAAUUAAUAUAAUUACAGUUUAAAUACAAACAUUAAACAUUUACGGUUUAAAUUAUAAAACGUCUUGUAUUUAUUUUAUCAGACAACGCAGUCGUUAUCAGGGUGAAUCGAAUGUAAAAAAAAUCAUUAAAAUUAUAAAGACUCAAUUAUCCGUCAGUCAUAUAUACUAAUUUUUUUUUUUUUUUUUAUAAAUUAUUUGAAUAUUCAAAUUUCGUAACUGAUACUUUUCAUACUCCGGCAACAAUUAUUUAUUUAAUCUGACAAAUAAAAUGAUAAAUUAUUACGAAGCAGUCAUUAUAUAAAAAUUUAUAUAUCUUUCAAAGCCAAAGGAUUGAAUUCAUCAGAGUGGUAUACAAAUGAUAAUAUUUUUCAUGUAUUCACAGCAUUUAUUAGCUUCAGAGAUAUAAAUAUAAAUAUAUGCCAGUGGUAUAGAAGUUAAUUUAAAUGAAUAUAAAAAAAAUUCAUUCGAUUUAGUAUCACUACAAACAUGUUCCGAAAUUGACCUCACUUACUUAUACUUAAUAGGCUUAAUAGCCCCCUAUCGAGUGAAGUUUAUCGACAAUUUUAAUGUUGUAACAAAUAAAUUAAGGCAGAUGAAGUAGCGUUAUAUAUAAUACUGAGAUAUAACUGUUUGGGUUUUAUAAAAGUUUAGGCUAAGCUAAUUGUAAGCCGUGUUGACGAACGACGGGGAUAGUCUUAUGACGGGGAUAGUGAACUAAUAAUACAAGUGAACAGUACAGUUGUAUUGUAUUAUCGUAUAUCGUAUUUGUAUAAGCGAGAGAGAUUGUGGAUAAAAAAGGAAAGUCAAGGCAACUUCGAAAAAAUAACUGAUACCUCUCACUCACACGACUUCAAGUUGUCUUUCUUAUUUAGUCAGAGACUAUUACCAGAGGUUAGUAACCGAGUUCGUCAGUUCACUGUCGAGCGGUAUACGGGACUGAUCGGCUCCGACAGCUCAACGUCAAAAUUUUACGCGCAUGUGAUAAGUGAUUAUUAAUUUAGUUGAGAAACGUCAGCUUGAUCUGUGAUACAAAAUGGCGAGCGUCGACACCGAUCUUGAGGAGCUAAUGUCUCAUCUUGGUGAGUUUGGGAAAUAUCAGACAUUUCAAUUUUCCUUGCAUGUCUUGUCUGGAUUGCUGGCAGGACUUCACAUGCUGACUUUGAUAACUGUUGCUGCAGUACCUGAGCACAAGUGCGUUGUUCCUGGACUUGGUGAUAGACUGGGCUUAGAUUCUGCAGAACUAAGUUGGGAUAAUGUACCAGGUGUAAACGCAACUUAUACUAAUGGGACGAAACUUGAUGGCGUGUUUCUGAACUUGGAUUCCUGUUCUUACUUGGACGAGGAUAACAAGACGAAAUUAUGUGAUAAGUGGGUUUACGAUACUACCCAUUAUAAAUCAUCAAGAGGAAUCGAGUGGAACUUCGUUUGCUCGAAUAAAUGGCGAGGUGCAGUAGCACAAGCCACCUACAUGAUUGGUGUAUUCACUGGCGCUGUUACUUUGGGUAGUUUGGCUGAUAAAUAUGGUCGCAAAAUAAUAUUUUGCAUAUCAGCCACUGGACAACUUAUACUGGGUGUGUUGGUUGCUUUGGUUCCCGAAUACUUUACAUUCUUAUUAGUCCGGUUUUUGUACGGUAUCUUCGGAUCAUCGGGUGCCUACAUCACCGGAUUUGUACUUACGAUGGAAAUGGUUGGAGCAUCGAAAAGAACAUUUUGUGGAAUAAUGUUCCAAGUGUUAUUCUCAUUUGGUUUUGUCAUCGUUGCAUUCUGGGGCUACGUAAUAAAAGACAGAAUGUGGUUACAAAUAGUGUACGGUCUCCAUAGUAGUUUAUUGAUUGGACACUGGUGGUUAAUGGACGAGUCACCACGAUGGCUUUGGGCUCAGGGUCGUGCCAAAGAGGCUAUCAAAAUAGUCCAGAAAGCACUUAAAAUAAACGGCGAUAACACUCAACUAGACGUAGCUAAAUUCGUUUCUAAAAAUAAAGCCAAGCGGAGCUUACGAAAUGAUGAUUCAGGAUCAUAUGGUGCGAUUGAUUUAUUGAAGACACCGAACUUGAGAAAGAACUUCUUGAAUGUUUGUCUCAAUUGGUUUGCCAACGCCAUUGUUUACUAUGGUCUUUCUUUGAGCAGCGGAAAACUUGAAGGAAAUCCGUAUCUGAUGCUCGCUUUGAAUGGAGUCGUCGAAUUACCGAGUUAUGUUUUUACUGUACUAACAAUGGACAGAGUUGGAAGACGAUUCUUAGUCAGUUCUUUUAUGAUCAUCGGUGGUGUUUGUUGUGUUGUAGCGGCUUCUAUUCCUAAAGAUUUGUCAGGAUCUGCGGGUGCAGUAAUAGCUAUUGUACUAUUCGGUAAAUCAUGUAUUGCAAUAUCAUUUGCAGUUAUUUAUAAUUACACUGCCGAAUUAUUUCCUACUGUAUUGCGAAAUACGGCCCUUGGAAUAGGAUCUAUGUGCUGCCGUCUCAGUGGUGCUUUAACACCGAUGCUAUUGUUAUUGGAUACGCUUGAUCCUCGAGUUCCUGCUACAACCUUCGGUGGAUUCGCUUUGAUUGCUGGAUUCAUGGCUUUAUAUCUUCCGGAAACUGCUGGUCAUCCUAUGCCGGAAACUCUGGAAGAUGGUGAAAAAUUCGGGGUAGGGGAUACUUGUUUUACGACUUGCCUUGGACGGAGAUAUAAUAAAAAAGAUAUUAUGCUUAAAGCUGUUGAUGAUAAAAAUGGGGAAAAAGUCAUUGAAACUGAAGAAAAACUUAACAAUGGUACAUAAUUAGGAUUAAGAAAAAUAUCUGCCUUAAUAUUUGGUACGGGAAUACUUAUUGCCUUAAUUUAUAAUCAUUAUUAUUAAUCAAUUGCCUUAUAAAUUAACUACUUAAAAUUUUCCAUGUACUUCCGUAGCAAUAAGUGAAUUUUUAAAAAUAAAUGAAUAUUUUAUUAAUUAUUUUUAAAAAUUUAAUAAUAUCGUAAUUUAACUAAUGAUUAAAUUAAUCAAAUUUUUUUCCGGUUAUUUUCGGAAGUAAGAAUAUCUCAUGAUUUAUUAGAUCAUAAGAAUUAGUGCAUUAUAUGAAAAUAUAUAAAGUCGAUCAUAUGCAUAUUUAUGGAUAAUAUUUUUUUUUUUUAUGUUCGUGAAAAUUGAUCAUAUGUGAGCCAUAUAUGUAGUAUUUAUGACGUAUGUGCCUGUGUAUGAAAAUAAUUUUGAGAAAAGUUCAUGUCGAAUUUCAAAAUUUGAGACAGUUUCGAACUUUUGUCAAAUAUGAGCAAAGAAAUUGUAGAAUGGAGUUAGAAAAUGGAUUAAAAAUUUUUCAAAAAUGUUUCCAGAAAAUUUACUUAAUUGGUCAAAAAUAAAAAAAUCACAUUCAAGUCUUGAGGAUGGUCAAAAUUUUCUUAUCUGUAUGAAAAUUUGAAAAAGUUCGAUUUUCAAUGUUUUUAAACUUUUUUGAAAUCGGAAAAAAUUAAGAUUUGAGUCUCAGAAAUUCCCAAAAUUCACAAUAUUCCAAUAGUUCUAAUGAGUUUAUAAGUUCGAUCACUCUGGAAAAAAUCGAUCUUUCAUAUCGAUAAAAACUAUUGAAAAUUAGUGAACUUUUGUCAUUUCUGCGACUCAAAUCGAAUUUUUUGUCAAUUCCAAAAGUUCUGAAGUCACAAAUUUCAAAAUUCGACAUAUCGACUUUUUCACACGUGUGGGUUAUAUAUAGAGCAUAAAGGGGACUCCGGGGCCCCCCUCAAAAAUUUUGUAAAAAUUUUUUUUCCCAUUUCCGGUCAAAUCAUGAUAUCUCUGAUGUUUUAAAGAUAUUUUAAGCUGAUCUGCCAUAUCUGGGGCAAAAUGGACCACCAAAAAGAAAUUUGCUACAGAAAAAUUUUUAUUUUCUAAACUAAAAUGAAUUUGAAAAAUUUAUUGAUUAAAGCUCUUUUAGGUCAACAGAUUAUAUUGUGGUUAAAAUCAAAAAAUAAAAAUUUUAAUAAAACUGAUUAUAUCAGCUAAAUAAAUUUUUUUUUUAAUGAAUUAGAAUUCCGUAGAAUUAUAAAGGUACGGAAAUAGUAUAUUUGUGCUUAAAAUCUUUUUUUUCACUUAAAAAAAAAAACAAAAAUUUUUUAAAGCUUUUUUUGGAGGAGGGCCCCAGAAAAAAAAAUAUUUUUUUUUGAGUUUUGGUCAAACCUUAGUGGGUUUGCUUAAGAAAGGUCCAAAUUAGGUUGACCUAUAGAUUAAAAGCCAUAAAAAAUAGAUACCGGCUGGGGGGCCGUCGUGCCCCAGUCUCCCUAUGGCUAAUUUUCAUUUAGAGAUUCAUUUUUCACAGGCAUAUCUAUUGUACUUGACAAAUGUCUAAGAUAUUUUUUCAUUUAAAAAUCAAUACUUAUUAUUAUAAUUAUUGUUACUAUAUAUUUUUUAAGAAACUAAGAUCUUUAUGACUUGAUCAUAUUACUUGAGUAUUUUUUAUUUUUAUCACAAGUUCCGAGAUAAAAAAAUUAAUAUAAUAUAUUUUUGAUUCGUUUAUAAAUAUAAAGUUCAAUUUUUUAUACAACUAAAAAGUAUUGCGUGAAUAUAUUUCGAAUAGGGAAUAAAAAAAUAUAAAAAUCUAAGUUUUUUUUUGUUUCAAAUAAUAUGUCUAUCUUAAUUUCUAAGUAAAUAUUUUUUUAAUUAUUGAACAAAGUGUGAUGUUGUGAAACUGUGAGCUAUGAUAAUUGAAUGAAUAACAUAAUAUUUUUUUAAAUGUAUACAGUACUACACUUAAUCAUUAUGUUUUGAAAGAUAAAUAAUGUCUAUUAAUAUUUUAACUUAGUAUAUACUAUUGUAUAUGAUGAUAAGAGUUGAGAAAGUAAAAUAUUUAUUGAUCCUAAUGAACGCUAAUUUCACUGAUUAUCAGUGUGAUAGUCCAUUGGUCAUAAGGUUUAAAUGUUUUAUCAUAUUAGGCAUUAUAUACAUGUUGAUACCGUCGAUAAUCGAGCUUACUUAAAAAAAUUAUUUUGUUAAAUUUAUGUAUUUAUAUAAAUGUCAAAAAAAAUAUAUUUUGAAUACAAAAUUAAUUAUUCAUUUUAUUAA